AGGCGGAGACCAACACCCGCUACGCUAUUCCGUUUGACAGACCAACCGUCUCCUGAGGAGGAAAACGACAAUCACCAGUGGGUCAUUGGGGAAAAUGGCGUCCUCACCAAGAAAAUCAAUGCGCAUGUGUACCAGCCUCCAUCACUCAAAGCCGUACAGAGGAUGGCGCAAGCCCGCAUGAAGUCUCUGGGAACCUGUGGCCCCGAAGAGACAGAUGACUUCUCUGGGGAGGAAAGCGUGGACUGUGAGGAGAGCCUGGAUAUAUCCCCUGUCUCCACCACUGGGUCAAGGGUCAAUUCAGAGGGAAGAAUUGCCCACUUUCUUCACCUGAGAGUCCCACACGGAGAGGAGGAAGAGGAGCGUGAUGACGAGGAGAAGAGGGAAAAAGGUGGACCAAGGAGGACAAAGAAGAAGGGAGAAUAACAGAGCGCUGUGUGUUACAGAGAGGAGAUUCAGAUUCUGUGGCAAAAGAUGAUUGACGAUCCAGAGUGAUGUUUCCUAAUUAUUAUAUAAAGAGCGUGGAGAAAAUAURGAAAUACGUGUGCAUGCGUGCGUGCGUUUGUGCAGUUGUGUGUGUGCUUGCUUGCAUUCAUGUGUGUGUGUGUGUCA